UUGUGUGAGGAAGCAGAAGACUGCGGCCGCCUGAGUCGUCGUGUCGGCGACUCGGUGUUAGGCCGCUUUUGUUUGUUUGUUCUGAAACCCCGUACGUAAACCAACAACAACAAACGCCGCGAAUUCCCCCGUCCCACUCUCCCACUCGCUCGUGGACAGGUUCACCUCAGCGGGCGACAGCCAUGAGUUGGAACCCAUUUAAGGCCCAAGAACCCAAAAGGCCUGUCGUGUCAAAAACUGUGGAACGAGACUUUGAACGAGAAUAUGGAAAACUUCAACAGCUGGAUGAGCAAAUUAAGAAGCUCUACAAAGACGUGAAAAAAUGCGCGGAGGCAGACGGAGCCGUGUCAAAGUCCGCGCUCAAGAUCACGGCCGACUUGCAGUCAAGCCAGUCGAGCCUCCAGGAUGACGAGUUGGCGCGGGCCGUUGACGCUCUGGACCUGGCCUUCCGCCGAGUGGACAACUACAACCAGGAGAAGGUAAAUCAACUACAGAAGACCGUAAUAGAGCCUAUGAAAAAGUUCAGCAGCGUGUUCCCGAGCCUGAACGUGGCAGUCAAGCGCCGGGAGCAGGCCCUGCAGGAAUGCAAGAAACUCCAGGCCAAGUUGGAGAAGUACGAGGAGCGUGAAAAGACGGGACCAAACAUUGCCAAGACACAUCAGUCGCGUGAGGAGCUGAAGCCCGUGCGCGAUGAGUUCGAACAGAGGAACAAGGCCCUGCUGGAGGAGAUGCCUCAGCUCUACACAAGCCGAGCGGAGUACUUCCAGCCCAGCUUUGAGGCGCUCGUGCGCUCACAGGUGAACUACUAUGCGGAGGUUUCCAAGAUCUUCCGCGACCUGUCGGAGAAGAUUGACGUCGCGGAGCGCACGGACGAGCAGCGUGAGCAGGAGAACGAGGCGCGGCUCGCCGAGCUGCGCUCGCUCUCCAUCGUCGCCAACGACUGAGAGCUCGCCACCGCCGCCCCUCCGUCCCCACUCACCCCCUCACCCUUGCCUCACCGACUACCCCCUCCCUUGUCACUAAGCCACCCUCCACCCGCCCCCCCCCACCGCCCCCCCCACCCCACCCCAUGUAUGUAUGUUGAACUUCUUUGGCACCAUAAUGGAGGUUUUUGGGUUUGAUCGCGUAAAUAUAAAUGUGACUAACCUUCUUUGGCACCGUACGUAGCAAGUCGUGCUAAUUGGAGGUGCGGGGGAAGGACAACAAACUAAACACAAAAAGCAGUUCUAAAGAAAUGAAUUAUCAAUCUACAUGAUUUAAAAGUGCAUGGCUGCAGUGGCUUCCUGAUAUCGGAAGGAAGAGUAUUCCAGACGGCCGCAGAAGCGCAUCCGAAAGCGUUGAUGCGGGUGAAGGAGUUUUUUCACUUACAUAGGGUGAUCAAAUCUGUGGCCCUAACAUAUGAGAAGCAGGUGCUAUCUUUCUGCUUUCCCUGCUCGUUGCAGAAGUUCACGGUUCGCAUCCAGCAGCCCACCCUGGUUAUCACUGCGGUGGUUUAUUAACCAUGACAAUACUAUGCGCUGUCUGCUGCACAGUGGACAUUAAAGAUCCCAUGAUGUCAUUCACAAGAGGAGGUUAUUGUGAGCUGGUGUCACGCUUCAGAUUUGACAAUUAAAAAAACUCAAAUAGGGUUAUACGUAACGAUCAUUACUCCCUACUGCAAAACACUUUGCAGCACCCUCCUGAAACUCGGUGAGACUUUCCCGAGAUGAAUAAAAACACAAGUGAAACCUAUUUAAGGGGCUGCUGCAAUAGUGAAAUGGUCGGCACGCUGGACUUGCAAUCCAGAGGUUGGCAGUUCUAUAAAACAAUGAGGCAAAUGUCUUAAAACGCCCCCCCCCCCCACGCUUCUGUCCACCCUGCAGUAUAAAUACGACAGUGCAGAAUAUUUGGAAAAGACGAUAGGUUGUACAGGGAACACUACGAAGAAGACGAGUAUUAGUCGAUGGACAGGCCACGUAUGGUGGGGUAGAGUGUGAUUACUCCAUCUUCAAAGACGUCUGGCCAGUACUCUCGAGAGGGGCUCUCUAGAGCUCCCUCGAGUGGAGGCCCUUUCGCCAGCAGUGGUGUGAGUGAGCUAUUGCAGGGCUGCGCCUUUACCUUCCGCGUGCACCCUUACAUAUUUUCUGAAAUCCAGAUUUCAUCGCGAGAGGGUAACUCGGUGAUCGCUACUGGUGAAUGAAUGUGUUUGUACCUUAAGCGAAAAAGCUUAAAUGUCCAGAGAGACCUCGCAAAAAGCCACGCCCACCAAACCGAGGUCCCAGUGACUUCCACGUGUUUCCACAGUGAAAGAUUUUGCUCGUGGAGUGAUUGGGCCUGUGCAAGAGUAAGUGGCUUGAGAAAGGAGACACAUAACACGGGACCACGAGGUUAGUCGAUGCAUCUGUGCCAAGCCACGGAUUGUUCAAUCGCUGCUAAUAUUUCAGAACUAUCUCGGCAGCCCCCUCUCGCUUGUUUUUUCAACAUUCACCUCGUCAACUCUGCACCGACUUUUCUCAUGGAAGUAUAAAGAGUGAUACUGCGUACGGGAGAUUGGGCCUGCUUACAUAAUAUAACCAACUCCCUUCAGGAUGUGCAUCUGCCACAUACGUCUGUUUUCCACCACACAACCGAGCUGGGCUAGGGCCAUGCCGAGCCAGCCGGGUGGUUUUUGGCCACGGCAGAAGCUGAGCCGAGCUCCUGUGUUCGAGUCAAAACGCACGUAGCUGCGAAAGCGGUGACGCUGCGUUUGAAUUGUGUGUGUGUGUGUGCCCACUGAUGCCACGCGCAAUGAACACACGUUCCUAUCCCCGUCUCUCGGCCCUGCUUGGCCCCGAGACAUAUUCAGAUGUCUUUGUAAGGCCAGCUUAUCUAGGUUUGGUUUCAGGCUUGGCAAAGCAAAUAGCCAGUGGGGAAGCACCCUACUGUUAGUGUCCCACGCUGGCUCGGCUCAGAUGUGCCAGUGGAAAAGAGGUGGUAGUUGGUAACCGUAUCUUAUCGGUUAGAGUGCUAGCUUGUGAUGCCAUUGAAUGUGGCUAGUGUUGGACAUCUAAUGCCAUUGAGUGAGUGGUAGUAGUGGAGCAAGGAUACGGUGGAACGGCAGCCACCGAGAGGUUCUGGGUAUUUUUGUGAACUUGCACUUUGUGUGUUUUUGCUUGUGUUUUUUUUUUGUUAUUUCUGUGUGUAUGUUUUGUGUGUGGAGAAUAACGACACUGGUAUUUAAAGCAUUGCACUACAGUUGUGGAGACGUGGGUUUUAUCCCUAGCCGUGCACAUCGUUCAGUUGCAAAAACGUGACCUCUAGGUCAACUCGGCCAUUGGUACCUGGUGAUGCAAUCGGGAGUGCCGUUGGCUUUGCUGCGUGUGUGAGUGCUCACGAACAUCACUCACCCCUACGGUUUACAAGACUCAACAGAUUAACUUUAUAUUUGAAUGUCGGGUGCCCGUGCGUGUGUUUUAUGUUCCGUGAUCAUGAGCUAUGUGCCUGUCCUGCAUCGCGUCUUGUGUUUUUCCGCUGUUCGUUACCCCGAAUUAGAUGGCCUCUCACUGUGGGUUCUCAUCUGGUUGAAUGGAGGAUUGGUUUCUGGGAAGCAGUGUGCAUGUUCAUGUCCAGUCCGAUGGUGCUGUGGUUAAAACUCUUUACGCCCGGUCACAAAGUUACAAGUUCGAAGCUAAGUCAUAAUGAACUCAGCCUAUCCUUCCAGGGCCGAUACAAUUGGUACCGCUUUGUAGGAAGUCAACAGUGCCGAACGGUCUGGCCACCACCACAAGAAUAUGGAAUGUCCACCACUCGCCCAGAUAUGGAGAUGGGUGUCAACUAGACAGUUUCACUUUGAAUUCCAAAAAACACGAUAAGCGCUGUCUCCAUGGCUCACAUAAUGGAUGGCAUGUCGUGAUUCCAAGAAAGGUGCAUUUUUAAUCACAGCCCUGGAUUAUCAACUUCUGAGCUGAGCUUGAUGGCUGCAGAAAGUGGCGCACUUCACGGCAAAUAACGCACACUUGAAUCAUGAUGAAUGGUCGUGUCCGCAGAGCUGUGUGGGUUGGUUAUUAUUUCGAGCACUAUGCUAAAUACCUACAGCGUUUAAACCUCCUUGUUGGUAGUGAUGGAUCAGUACUUGGGUUCACAUUUAUUUUUUGUAAUCGCUUUGUGCCAGUAACAUCUACCGCUUAGUAUAAACCACUGAAAUUAUACUUUUGCUAUUUAGCUUACGUUGUUGGGUUGAUUAUGUUAUACUAUAUUUUAGAAAAUAAGUAAAAACAAAAACUGUGAGAUGGUGUAUGCCGCCUUGUGCCUUCUGAUGCUUAUUUCGUGUGUGUGUGUGAAAUGUAUAUGUAUUGUUUGUAAGCCUGGGCUGAAAUGGACCGUUAAUAAAAAAUAUAUAUGUAUAGACACGUAUCACUAUGGUACACACAUUUGUCAUUUCACAAUUACCGUGGAAAUAUGAAACAUAUCUUGGUAUGUUGUGAGUUUUGGCACUCAACACAGGCCCAUAUGAUAAGUUCAUGCAGUAUGUUUCCUGUUUCAGAAUGUCCACGACAUUGCCACCAACCACUUAAAUUGCCUUGGAUGUAAAUCCACAGCAGCUUCCCUUUGGUGUUGCUGCCUAGUUCGUGUUAGCCUCCACGAGCUCCCUUGAGGUCGAAUUUAUUUAAACUUUCAGGCCCCACCUGUGCUGUCAAUGGGCGAGCGUGCAACAACCGGAGUUUGGCUCGCACACAACUAAGGAGGAGGCUGCGCCGCCGCCGUCUUGGUUAGCGCACUGCGUUACGAGCACGGCGACCCCGGAUUAACCAGAGUCUCCCAGACGAAGCAUGAAGUCACGUUCAAAAAUCUGUCCAAACAAGCCGGCAAUCCAUUUCCUCUCCUGCCCUCUCCUGGCCAUCGGAGUGCAGCAAGUGGGGAGGUGAUCUCUACGUGAUCCAAAAAUCCAAACCUCUGGUUUUAUCAUCAGCCCAUGAUCUAUCCAUUGAUGAACAAAAGAAAACACUUGUUGGAAGGAUGCUGGAAACCGCAUGAUGUGAAUCUAGGGCAAUUACUGAAGGUGAACCAGGAUCAACAUAAAUCAAACUGACAGCGGGAACAGGAUGGAGUGCUUUUGUUUCAUUAAAUUAGAUUUAUUUUAAAAACAACAAAUGUGCCUAAGAGGAACAUUUUCAAUCAGGGCAAAUUACGCGCAAUGACGUGGAUUUCAAAAUAUGGACACCUGACAACAUUUGGGUCAGAAGCUGAGAAGUACACAAACAAAAAAUUAACCCGUAAAAACAAAG